AUGCAUCCCCGAUCAGUGAGCGAUUAUAACGCAACGGAAGCGGCUGAAAUUAGCUGCGCGCAUCGCGCGUGCGGAUGGGGCCAGUGCGCUGGCAGCCGCGCCGCAGAAACUAAAUACCCAAAAGCGUUUGUGAUCGCGCGAGCUCCUGCCAAAUAUGGCACGAAUCUCGGGUUUCGCGAGACGCGCGCGGCUCGUCCCUGGCACACCACCAGCAACUGCAAAAACGCUCACUAUUCCCGUCUAAAAACACGUAAAAAACGUUUUUAUUUCUGUAGCGAGCGGCCUCUAAAUUUAGGCCGUAUGGAAACCGAAAGUAAUACGAGCGAUUUUGGUUGGGGCCGCGUUGUCUGUAUUUAG